AUGCUCCCCCAAAACAAUCUCCGUAAACUCGACGCGGGGGGUUUCUUGAAAGACGAAGGCAGCGUCAACGGCGUCUGGAAUGCAAUUCUUCAACAAUGCUACCCGACUGGUACGGACGUGAAAUAUCUCGUCAACCCAGAACUACGCAUCCAGGAGGACAGCCGUCCUGACCUGCUCGUCCGUUCCUUCACCUACACUGGAAACACAGCCACUGCAAUUCCUGUCCUCGUCUUCGAAGGUAAAGGCAGUGAUGGAGAAGACUGGUUGCGCAUCGAGAGUCAACUGUCCACUUACAUGGGGAAGCUCCCGUUGGCCGAGUCCCAGAAGUGCUGGGCAAUCGGUGCUAAAGGGAAAGAGAUGAAACUCUGGCGGUAUUACAAGGCGAAUGGGGACUUUCUACCAUGGAAGAUCAAUACACCGGGGGGACGGAGCCCACUUAUUCAGGAGGUAGAACGUAAGAAGGCUCCAAAUGCUUACUCUGUGGUGGACGACUACGGUGAUGUUAGGAUUUUGAUGGACUUCAUUACUAAAUAUCCAGAUCCCAACACCGCACCCUCAUCCGGCCCAUAG